ACUACUUACUCACUCGGACCACAUUGACGGCCACUGUGAGAGGUGACGGGAAACCUCAAACGAGUGCAAGGCAUUACUGUUAAUAUUAUUUCUUUUCAUUUUCUAAGGGACAUUCUCUUUAGAAGACACAAUGCGUGAAUGCAUCUCUGUCCACGUCGGCCAGGCCGGUGUCCAGAUGGGGAACACCUGUUGGGAGCUCUACUGUCUGGAACAUGGCAUUCAGCCGGAUGGCCAGAUGCCCAGCCACAAACCUAUAGGUGGUCACGACGACUCCUUCACUACCUUCUUCAGUGAGACUGGGGCUGGGAAGUACGUCCCCAGAGCCAUCUUUGUUGACCUGGAGCCCACUGUCAUUGAUGAGGUGCGCACAGGAACGUAUCGCCAGCUCUUUCACCCCGAGCAGCUGAUUUCCGGAAAGGAGGACGCUGCCAACAACUACGCCCGUGGACACUACACCAUCGGCAAAGAGAUCAUUGACUCUGUCCUUGACCGAAUCCGCAAACUGGCUGACCAGUGCACUGGUCUCCAAGGCUUCCUGGUCUUCCACUCAUUCGGUGGAGGCACUGGCUCUGGUUUCACCUCCCUGCUGAUGGAGAGACUUUCUGUUGACUUUGGCAAAAAGUCCAAGCUUGAAUUUGCCAUCUACCCAGCCCCCCAGGUUUCCACAGCAGUGGUGGAGCCAUACAACUCCAUCCUGACCACCCACACCACCCUGGAACACUCCGACUGUGCCUUCAUGGUGGACAAUGAGGCCAUCUACGACAUCUGCCGCAGGAAUCUUGACAUUGAACGCCCCUCCUACACUAACCUCAACCGCCUCAUCAGCCAGAUUGUGUCUUCAAUUACAGCCUCACUUCGCUUUGAUGGAGCCCUGAACGUUGACCUGACUGAGUUCCAGACCAACUUGGUGCCAUACCCUCGCAUCCACUUCCCUCUGGCCACCUACGCCCCGGUCAUCUCCGCAGAGAAGGCCUACCACGAGCAGCUGUCAGUGGCCGAAAUCACCAACGCCUGCUUCGAGCCGGCCAAUCAGAUGGUGAAGUGUGAUCCCCGUCAUGGUAAAUACAUGGCCUGUUGUCUGCUGUAUCGUGGCGAUGUGGUGCCCAAAGACGUCAACGUGGCCAUCGCUGCCAUCAAGACCAAACGUACCAUCCAGUUUGUGGACUGGUGCCCCACAGGCUUCAAGGUAGGCAUCAACUAUCAGCCUCCGACGGUGGUUCCUGGAGGAGAUCUGGCCAAGGUGCAGAGAGCUGUGUGCAUGCUGAGCAACACCACAGCCAUCGCUGAGGCCUGGGCCCGCCUGGACCACAAGUUUGACCUGAUGUACGCCAAGAGAGCCUUCGUCCACUGGUAUGUUGGAGAGGGAAUGGAGGAGGGAGAGUUCUCAGAGGCCAGAGAAGACAUGGCAGCCCUGGAGAAGGAUUAUGAAGAAGUUGGAAUUGAUUCAUUUGAGGAGGAAGAAGAGGGAGAGGAGUAUUAGAUAGGCAGAGCUGUCAUUCGUGGUUUUGGUUUUUCAGAAAUAUAAAAAUUGGGAUAUUUAUCAAAUAGAAAUGUUUACAAAAAGAAUUUGUAUAGUUUCAAAUUUAGAAAUAUUUGGAUGUUUUUAUUUAUUAAAAUGAAAAAGAAAAACAAGCUAAAGAAACUAGAUUAAUUAAUAUCUGUGCCAAAAACCUUACUGUGCAUUGUCAGACAGUACCUGUUUGUUGAGUUUCAGUUGUAUUAUAAUGGUACAAUGUUUUAAUGGUUAUACAGUGUGUGUGUGUGUGUGUGUGUGUCAACCUGACUACAGGUUUCAACUUGUGUUGUCGUUCAAUAAACCUUCUAUCAAAAGUUU